AUGGAACAUCCUGUGGAAAUGCUGUUAAUCAAAGAAGAGAAGGAGAAUUUGGAGGAGGAUCUUUUUGAAAACAAAGAUGAAGAGACUUUAUUUGCAGACCCCUUAGAAGUCAAGACAGAACCAGGAUUGUUUAACCAUAAUGAAUUUGUUGUGAAUUGUUCAUCCCGAGCUAUUAAGAACGAGGACAGCUCUCCAAGCUGUGAAGAUGAAAUUGAAAAGGUCUAUAUUGCUGAAGAAAAUAGGCAUUUGGAUAGAACAGAAUUAUUUUCGAAAAGAAGCAAUACAGUAGGGAAGCGAAUAACUUGUGAUGAAUGCCAAAGGACAUUUUCACAGAUGUGUGACCUGAAAUCCCACAUGAGAACUCAUACAGGAGAGAAACCAUAUACUUGCUCUAUAUGUCAAAGAAGUUUUUCUCAAUCAGUGAUCGCAAAAGACACAUUAGAAACCCAUACCAGGGAGAAAGAAACCUUAUAA